AUGGUUCGUCUGGGGUCAUUUGUUGCCGGGGCUCUCUGUGGUUUGCUGCUGCUGCUGCUCGAGCAGCAGCAGCAGCAGCAGCAGCUUCUGCUGCAGCAGCUGCCAGGCCAGGAACAGCAGCAGGGCGAAGGAUACCUCAUCCGGCAGAAUGUGUCUCGGGGAUUUUGGCUCAUCAUGUUUGCUGGCGUUCUAGUGCGGAAGCAGCCAAACAGCAGCAGCAGCAGCAGCAGCAGCAGCAAGAGGUCCUCUACAGCGGACAUGGGGUACCAGUGCGUGGCUUUGUUUGUGGGGGGUUGCUGCUUUUUGUUUUUCCCGCUGCUGCUGCUGCAGUGCCGGGUGUCCUGCGCAGCAGCAGCAGAAGGCUUGUUUAUUUUGCUGCUGCUGCUGCACCACUACUCUGAAUACCUUUUUGUUGCUGCUUUUCACCCCCAGGAUUUGUGCUUCGAUUCUUUUCUUAUAAACAACAGUCCAGUGUAUGCAGCAGUGCUGCUGCUGGCGUUGCUGGAGCAGCAGCUGAAGCCUUCGGUUGCUGCUGCAGUGCUGAACAGCAGCAACGCGUUGCUGCUGCUGCAGCUGCUGCUGCACCAGCAGGUGCACCUGCCGCAGCUGCUGCUGCAGGUGCACACUUUCGCGUGGCACGCGUUGCUGCAGCGGCCGCUGCUCGCGAGCGACUUGGAUUUGCUGCUGCAGCAGCCGCAGCAGGCGCUGCUGCAGGCGCAGAAGUCGGGGGCCGCCGGGUCUCCCGCUGCAGCAGCAGCAGCAGCAGCAGCAGCAGCAGACCUCGCAGCGGACCCGCGCUCAGGCGUGCACUGGCAGCUCUGGGCGCUGUGGCUGCUCUGCGCUGUGGCUGCCUGCGGCUUUGCUGCUGCACUGCUGGGGCUGCUGCUGCGGGCUCUGGGCUUCUUAACUUUGAAGCAAAACUUCACUCACAAAAUUCGCAUGCAGAAGCAGCAGGGCCACCGGCUGUGCGUGGCUGGGGUGUACAGACACUGCCGCCACCCGGCCUACGCGGGGUGGUUCUGGUGGGCGGUGGGCUCCCAGGUGCUGCUGCUCAACGUGGUGUGUUGCUGUUUGUUCUUCGUUGUUUCAUUUGUUUUCUUUCGGGAGAGAAUUUUUUUCGAAGAGAAACAACUGGUGAAGAUGUUUGGCGAGGACUACGAGGUGUACAGACACCGCGUUAGAACCAUUGGCAUUCCUGGUCUUCAGUCUGCGCUUGAUGCGGCAGAGGAGGCGCAGCGACGCUCUUCGCCUUCUUCUUAG